AUGUUCGAUGAUUUGCCAAAUUUCUGUCUGGUCACUUGUCUGGCGUUCCACCUGACUCUGCUCAAGUCGCUGGCCGAUCCGGUCGUCUUCAUCUACGGCCUGCGCAGCAUGCGCUUCCAACUGUCGGCCUGGUUCGUGUGCCGACGGGGCCGAAAUCAGACGACGACGAGUUCGACCGAGAAUGGCAAGCCUCAAAUCGGCAGUCAGUUCGGAGGUGCUCGGAGCCGAAGCUCGCGACAAAAUCGCUCCAGCGGCCGCCGAGUCAUUCAACUCGACUCAGCCCCC